AUCGUUCUCAGCCCAACAGUUCGGCUAAGUGUUGACCAAACAAACUGGUGAACAGCCCAGUACACACACCUCUCUCUCUCUCUCUCUCUCUCUCUCUCUCUCUUGUACGCUUGGAACUUAUUCUCUUUCUCCGUUAACGGCCAAAGCUAAAUAGUAGAGAGGUAGUCUCUUGUUGCACCUGAUCGAAGAUGAGCUCUCAGAUUUGCAGAUCUGCUUCUCGAGCUGCGAGGUCUAUCCUCUCUGCUUCUAAGCACAGGUCUCAUGUCUUUGCCGAAGGGAGAACUGCAGCUGCAGCAAUGGCAGUGUCCUUCAGAAGAAAGGUGCCCUCUCUAGCUUCAUAUGGGAGGGCCAACUCUGGAAGUGAAUCUGGAGGAUGGAUUUCUGGAGCCCUUGCCCUUCCUGCUACUGCUUACAUGCUUCAGGAGCAAGAGGCACAUGCUGCAGAGAUGGAGCGCACUUUUAUUGCUAUCAAGCCUGAUGGAGUUCAGAGAGGGCUGAUUUCAGAAAUCAUAUCUCGUUUUGAGAGGAAAGGUUUUAAGCUUGUCGCAAUCAAAAUUGUAGUUCCUUCGAAGGAAUUUGCACAGAAGCAUUAUCAUGAUCUCAAGGACAGACCAUUCUUUAAUGGGCUGUGUGAAUUCCUUAGCUCUGCCCCUGUUGUUGCAAUGGUUUGGGAAGGUGAAGGAGUGAUAAAAUAUGGUCGGAAACUUAUUGGAGCCACAGAUCCACAGAAAUCAGAACCUGGUACCAUCAGAGGUGAUCUGGCUGUUGUUGUUGGAAGAAAUAUCAUUCAUGGGAGUGAUGGCCCUGAGACUGCCAAGGAUGAAAUUAACCUAUGGUUCAAACCAGAAGAGCUGGUUAGUUACACAAGCAACGCGGAGAAGUGGAUUUAUGGAGUCAACUGAUGACAUUUUUCGUUCUAAUAAUUUCCCUACAAUUAGAUUCACAUGAAGAGCAAGAUUUGACUUGACGCAUAAUUAUCAGAAUAACUUCUUUUUUCUUUGGCUUAGGCUGAGGCACAACUUUUUUCUCAAAGCCACCGGCAAAACUUAAUCACUGCAAUAAUUUAAUUUGUCACUGUGAUUAGUGAAUGCAGUCAGUGCAUUUUUCAUACUGUGUUUCCUUUUUCUGAUAUUGGAGAAGGAUACCCCUUCAAAUUGUAAAAGGCUAUUUUUGGUUUUCAAGCUUCCUUAUACUUCUGUGCCAUCGGAACUU